ACCAGGUGGACACUGCUGAGGAAAGACCGUCAGAUGAAGACAUAAUGGACAACACAACUGAUGAAGAGGAGGAUGAUGAUUUUGAUACAAGCUCAGUCUCCAGUAAAGGGGAAGAGCCUGAACAAAUAGUGGAGAGCGCGACUUUGAUAAGGAAAAAAGCAAGAUAAAACACAUUGCCACAGAAAUAAUGGCUUCGGAGAAUGUGUUUGUCGAUGUCCUCAAGCUACUUCAUGUUGACUUUCGCAAUGCUGUGCACGCUGCGUCCCGUCAAAGUGGAAAACCUGUGAUUGAAGAUCGGAUGUUGGACCAGAUCUUGUACUACCUCCCACAGCUCUAUGGACUAAAUGAAGAACUGCUGAAUGAGCUGCAGCAAAGAGUAGCUACCUGGGAAGAGAACUCAAAGGUGGCAGAUAUCUUUGUAAAGAAAGGCGCUUUUCUGAAGAUGUACUCCAACUACAUCCGUGAGUUUGACAAGAAUGUGGCUCUACUGGAUGAGCAGACAAAGAAGAACCCGGUAUUUGGUGCAGUCGUUCGGGAAUUUGAGGCAAGUCCACGUUGUGCCAACUUGGCUUUGAAACAUUAUCUCCUCAAGCCUGUUCAAAGAAUACCACAAUAUCAGCUGCUGCUUACCGACUAUCUCAAAAACCUGUCAGAAGACUCUGCUGAUUAUAAAGACACACAAGAGGCACUUGUUAUAGUGAAAGAAGUCGCCAACCAUGCCAAUGACAUCAUGAAGCAAGGGGAUAUCUUUCAGAAGUUGAUUCAGGUCCAGUGCAGACUCACUGGCAAUCAUGAGAUUGUUCAACCAGGCAGGGUUUUUCUGAAAGAAGGUGUAGUCAAUAAACUUUCCAGGAAAACAAUGCAGCCCAGAAUGAUUUUUCUGUUUAAUGACAUGCUGCUGUACACCACUCCUGUCCAGUCAGGCCAGUUUAAAGUCAAACAUAAGCUGUCUCUGGCUGAAAUGAAGGUCAAAAAACCAACCCAAGAAGCUUUCCAAAAUGAGUUCAUUAUUGAGAGUGUGGAGCGCUCCUUUAUCUGUUCGGCCAGCUCAGCCUCAGAAAGAGAAAAAUGGCUUGAGGCGAUUUCUACAGCAAUAAGCGACUUUACAAAGAAAAAGACCACUUUUGUUCCAAGCAAUACUCUUGACAAGAAGGACAGCGAAAUUGGUGCUACUCUUGGGUCAACAGCUCCUAUAUGGAUCCCAGACCCAAGAGCUACAAUGUGCAUGAUCUGUACGUGCGAGUUUACUUUAACAUGGCGGCGACAUCACUGCCGCGCAUGUGGAAAGGUGGUAUGUCAGUCUUGUUCCAACAAUAAAUACCACCUUAAAUACCUAAAAGACCAGUGGGCACGAGUGUGUGACCAGUGUUUUGUCGUGCUUCAGAAACAAGAAAAUGAAAGCGCCAUAUCGUGUACAGUGAGCAACAAACCUACUUUUGCUUUUAACCGUAAACACAAGAAAAUCCCUGCUCAUCUUAAAGAGGUGUCUGCCAAUACAAUCAAUUCUACCAUGAGUGGAUAUUUAGAGAGGAUUAAGCCUAACAAAAAGCAGGGAAAGAGAAUGUGGUUUGUCAUCAAAGAAAUGGUUCUGUACACAUACGCUGCCAGUGAGGAUGUUGCUGCCUUGAAAAGUCAACCGCUGUUGGGAUUUACUGUGAAGUCGGACUCAAAGUUACAAUUUAGACUCCUCCACAAUGCUAAACUUUUUUAUUUUAAAGCUGAUGAUGAGCAAACAGCAGAGAGGUGGAUUGAGGCCAUGAAAAAGGCCUCUGUGCUGGAAGCUUGAUGCUGUUGUAUUUCUACCUCCGAAUGCUUUUAUAAUGUGCAUACCCUGUGCUAUUUUAAACACUUCUAUGAAAGUGGUUGUAUUAAUUAUGAGCAAGUGUUGUAUUAAUUUGUGCAAAUGGAACUAUUUGCAAAUUAAGUAAUAAUUAAUUUGCAAAUAUUGGUUUAUCACUAUUAUUUUCAUAAUGAAGCAGCUUUCACAAGAUUGA